AACUUGAGUUCAACCUGUUAUCCCGCCAAAGACGUCGGCAGCUGCGGCAGUGCUCAUUUUUUUCUACUUCUUCUAGAUCUAAGACAAUCACACUAGGCUAGACUCUUCAACACAUUCGAUAACCCAUGCUUGACCGCCAGCUGCCUCCCAAACUACCUUAUAAUAACUACUCAUCAGAUAAUGCUUUCGAUAACCAACAACACCUCAACUCUGGCGAAGGCUGGCAGGCCACCUUCCUAGGCGAGAAACCUCUAGCAUCUGCCCUGGAUGGAGGAAUUCCCUAUGCAAGACAAUCAUCCUUGCGCCUGGCACCAGAUGCAAGCCUGGCGAGAUUUAGAAAGUUCUUGUCUCGUUAUUCCAUUUUCUCCGACUUACCAUCUGCAUCAUCGAAUUCGCGGCGAUCUAUUGGCCCUCUCACAACACCUUCCCCAUCUUCUGCCGUAUUAAUGUCUCGAUUUAUCCUCUUGUGCAGUUUCUGGUACGCUACAUCUGCACUUUCGUCAAAUACUGGCAAGACUAUCCUCAAUCAAUGGAAUCACCCUGUCACCCUCACAAUCGUACAAUUUGCAUUCGUCGCAGGGUACUGCCUACUCUUCAUGUCGCCAGUCAUCCAAUUUACAAAAUUGCGUCCGCCAACUCGCGCCAUUUUGCGAAGCACCCUGCCCAUGGGCAUGUUCCAAGUUGGUGGUCAUAUGUUCUCUAGCAUUGCAAUUUCCAAAAUACCCGUCAGCACCGUUCAUACUAUCAAGGCUCUAUCUCCACUGUUCACCGUUGCCGCUUACGCCAUACUUUUCGGCGUCAAGUACUCUCCAAGGACGUACUUAUCUCUACUGCCCCUGAUCAUUGGUGUCAUGCUGGCAUGUACGUUCGAGUCCGCUUCAAAUCCGACAGGUCUCAUUUGCGCAUUUGGUUCUGCCCUUGUGUUCGUCAGUUCCAAUAUCUUCUUUAAGAAGAUUAUGCCAUCAGGGUCACAGACAUCGUCAAACAAGUUAGACAAACUCAACUUGUUAUUUUAUUCUUCGGCCAUGGCAUUCGCAUUGAUGAUCCCGAUUUGGUGCUUCACCGAUCUUCCUCUUCUCACUGCUGACUCUGUCCAUGUCACGCACCCGGCUCGUGGACAUGAGGCUCCUCAUUCUAUCCCGUAUUAUUUCUUCAUGAACGGCACCGUCCACUUUGCGCAGAACAUCAUCGCAUUUGUGAUCCUUUCCAGUACAUCUCCUGUGACGUACUCUAUCGCCUCCCUUAUCAAGCGCGUCGCUGUCAUCUGUAUCGCCAUAGUGUGGUUCAACCAAAACGUACACCCCAUGCAGGGUCUCGGUAUUGGGAUGACCUUUCUCGGUUUAUACCUGUAUAAUACGGCGAAGAAUGAUGUUGAGCGAGGGGAGAACAGGAUGCGCAGGGUAGAGGCCACGCGGGACAUGAUGCUCCCCAUUAAUCGGAUAGAGGAGAAGUUAUUGAAUGGGAGCUCGCCAUCAUCCCCCGUCCCUGGUACGCUGGGGCUUCCGGUAGCCGCAGCCACAGGAAUGGGGGCACACCCUGCUGCUGGCCGACCUCGGGUGCAGAUCUCCACAAAUGCGCAUUUACACCCAGAUUCAUAUGGGAACGGGCAUGGGCAUCCUAACCAAAUUCCUUCACAAGACCCUUUGUCCGUCUUUUCAAAGCGAAAUACCGUUUCGCCUACGGAACCAUACCCGUCACCGCCUCCCUCCCUAGACUCGCCAACUUCCAAUACGGUCCCUAUUGGAUAUCAGCUCCCACGUAUACAGCAGCAUUUCGGGAUGGAGUCGUUCACUGUGGGACACGUUACUGCUUAACAGGACUUAGUAUCUCUAUCCAUAUUUAUUCUCGAGGACUGUUGCCUUUUGAUUAAUGUAGAUGGUGUUACCAACAGUCUCUACAUGACAUUAGACUAUAUAGCGCUCAUUUUGAGCAAAUGACGAUGCGGAUAUGUACAUACGUGUUUCUAGGCUCUAGCUACUGACCGCCAUUUGCGUAAGUCCCGUUUGAUCUAAAGUCCAUAUUCAGACGUAAUCGUCAU